GCUGCCUGUGUGUGUGGGUGUUUCUGAAUAAUUGGGAGCAGAUUUCUUCACACUCAUUGGUUAAGAAUGACGGGGUCCGUGUGAACCGAGUGGAAGGGGGGCUGUGGUCAAACCCACUGCGACCCAGGCAGCUUUAGGAGGGGAAAGAGGAGGGCGGUGAGUCGAUCCGAGCCGAGCCGCAGCAGCAGCAGCAGCUCCAGCCCCGCACGGCCCCGCACAGCCCCGCUCAGCCCCGCUCAGCCCCGCUCCAGCUGCAGCCCGGGCUAAUUCUGAGCUAAUAGUCCGUUAGCAUCUUAGCAUCGCCUGCAGAGCGCCACGGCCGUGUUUGUCCCCGUGAAUCCCGGACUCUCUCCCCCGGGUGGUCCCCUCUUUCCCCCGCAGCUUCUUUUCUCUGCUCCAGCCUCAAAAUGAUGAAGUUUCGGUUUCGUCGGCAGGGCACAGACCCGCAGAGAGAGAAGAUAAAACAGGAGCUUUUCGCUUUUAACAAGACUGUGGAGCAUGGAUUCCCCCACCAGCCCAGCGCUUUGGCCUUUGACCCCAAGCUGCAACUUAUGGCCAUUGGUACCAAGUCGGGAGCCAUCAAAGUAUAUGGAGCCCCAGGUGUGGAGUUCACCGGCCUGCACAAAGAUACCACUGCUGUUACACAAAUUCACUUUCUGCCCGGACAGGGUCGUCUGCUGUCCCUGCUGGACGACAACACCAUCCACCUGUGGGAGCUCGCGGCCGGAGCGCCUAAAGAAGUGGGCGGGGUUAAAAGACAGGGCGUGGUUUGUUUGCAGGAAGUGGGAAGUUACGUGCUCCCAGGGCGACCGGGCAUUGAGAGCUGCAGUGCCACCCGGGUGACGGUGCUGCUCCUGUUGAGACCAUGUGACUUGCUGUGCAUCGGGACAGAGGGAGGGGGCGUAUAUGUUCUAGAUCUCUCCAGUUUUACACUAAAGGACAGCCAGACGCUACUGCAGGAUCUGGUGGUGCAGAGUCUUCCGGAGGACUACAGAUGUGGGAAGUCACUGGGGCCGGUCGAGUCUCUUCAGGAACAUCCUCAGCAGCCGGCGAAGAUCCUCAUUGGCUACAGCCGCGGCCUGGUCGUGCUAUGGGACCUGAGCGAGUGCAAAGUAGAGCAGCUCUUUUUGGGGAAUAAGCAAUUGGAGAGUCUAGUGUGGGAACGCUCGGGUAACCUGUUUGUCAGUUCACAUAACGAUGGAAGUUACUCUGUUUGGCCUGUUACCAGCGGCAACACCUGCAGCCCACAGCCCGUCUCCUCCACGACGCCAUACGGGCCAUUUCCGUGCAAAGCUAUUAACAAGAUUUUAUGGAGGACAACGCAGACGGGGUCCCCAGUGUUGUUAUACAGUGGAGGGAUGCCCCGAGCCAGCUACGGCGAUCGCCACUGUCUGACCAUUCAGCAAGACAAAGACCACGUCACGCUGGACUUCACAUCCAGAGUCAUCGAUUUCUUCACUGUUCACUGUAUAGAGCAGGAGAAUGAGUGUGAUGACCCCACCGCGCUGGUAGUUUUACUCGAAGAGGAGCUGGUUGUCAUAGAUCUACAGACCCCCGGCUGGCCCACCCUCCCCACACCGUACCUGGCUCCCCUUCACUCCUCCGCCAUCACCUGCUCCUGUCACAUCGCAAACGUGCCGCCCAAACUCUGGGAGCGGCUGAUCAAUGCGGGUAAAGCGCAACAGAGCCGCCAGCAGACGACCAAGAGCUGGCCCAUAUGUGGAGGGAAAAACCUGGCGCCUCCUCCUAAACAGCAAGAGCUGCUAUUGACCGGUCAUGAGGACGGGACGGUGCGUUUUUGGGAUGCUUCAGGUGUGGCGCUCACCCCUCUGUACAAACUGAGCACAGCCAAUGUCUUCCACACGGACUGCGACCCCUGCGACGACCCCCACGACCCCUGCGACGACCCCGACAUGCAACAAGAGGAGGAGUGGCCCCCCUUCAGAAAGGUUGGCUGUUUUGACCCGUACAGCGAUGACCCCAGACUCGGCAUCCAGAAGAUCAGUCUGUGCAAGUACAGCAACAAACUGGUGGUGGCUGGAACUGCUGGACAGGUAAUAGUUUUGGGGCUGAGUGACGAGCGAUCGGAUCACCUGGUGGACGUGGCUGUGGUGGACUUGCUGCAGGACAGAGAGGGCUUCACGUGGAAAGGACACGACCGGUUAGACCCGCGGCUCAAACCUCCGCCUUUCCCUCCCGGGUUUCAACCUCUGGUGCUGGUGCAGUGCAUGCCCCCGGCCUCCGUCACCGCGGUGGCUCUACAUGCGGAGUGGAACCUCAUCGCCUUCGGGACGAGCCACGGGUUCGGUCUGUUCGACUACCACAGGAGGAACGCCGUGCUGGCCAGGUGUACGCUCCAUCCAAACGACUCCCUGGCCAUGGAAGGUCCCCUCUCCAGAGUCAAGUCUUUAAAGAAAUCCUUACGGCAGAGCUUCAGGCGCAUCCGCAAGAGUAGAGUCUCUGGAAAGAAACGUGCCAUCACCACGCCAACCAGCAAGGUUCAAGAAGCCAACGCAGCUUUAGCAGAGCAGGAGGAUGUGGCUCCCAUCCAGAGGAGAAUUGAACCGCGUUCAGCAGACGACUCUCUCACUGGAGUCGUCCGCUGUCUUUGCUUUGCCGACACUUUCCUACGAGACGGUACGCACCACGGUCCUACCCUGUGGGCGGGCACUAACUCGGGCAGCGUCUACGCCUACGCCCUGGAGGUCCCCGGGGUGGGAGUGGCUCGUGCGGGCGAGAGAGGAGGACACAGCGAUAACAGCGCUUGUGUGGAGGCCGUACUGGGGAAGGAGAUCCAGCUGAUGCACCGCGCCCCUGUGGUCUCCAUCAGUGUCCUGGACGGGAGGGGGAAGCCUCUGCCCGACCCCUACGAGGCGUCCCAGGACCUGGCCAUCGCUCCGGACAUGACAAACGCUCACUCAGUCCUCAUCGCGUCAGAGGAGCAGCUCAAGGUGUUCUCUCUUCCCAAAGUGAGCGCUAAGACUAAGUUCAAGCUGACGGCGCAUGAGGGGUGUCGGGUGCGUAAAGUGGCCCUGGUCGUGUUCAGCUCCACGGCUCAGGAGGAUUACAGCGAACACACCCUGGUCUGCCUCACCAACCUGGGAGACAUGCACCUGUUCAACAUCCCAGCCCUCCGACCGCAGGUGCGCUACGACUGCAUACGUAAAGAAGACAUCAGUGGGAUCGCGUCUUGUGUCUUUACUAAAAAUGGACAAGGUUUCUACUUGAUUUCACCGUCGGAGUACGAGAGAUUUUCCCUUUCAGCUAAAGUUAUCACAGAACCACUCUGCUCGAUUCAGCUGGAGCGCCCCCUAGAGCUCACACACAACAGCGACGGUAAACUGAAGGCCAACGGAACCCACAAGAACCAGCUGGGACAGGCCGAGGGACACACAGUGGAGCCUCUGAGUGGCCUGUCCUCUCCGGUGCUGGACACUCCUCUGGACUCUCCCCUGAGCUGUGCUGACCUCACCCUGGACACCACCGGGGAGCUGACGGCAGAGGACGUCCGGGACUUUCUCACGACGGUGGACGAGGCCGAGCAUAAUCUGAAGAACAUCACAGAAGAGGACGGGCGAUCUCCUGGUAUCCUCAUCAACUGAAGAGUCCUGCGCGACGACGAGCUCACGCAACCUUCACGGACUUAAUCGUGUGCUGGAUCUCCCAUCAUCCCACUGUGAACGCCACUGCACUGGGACACACCGAUCACCACACAUCUUUAUAAACGCGUCACCGAGACCGAGACCGAGACUGAGGCGGAGGAACCUUCAGCUGCAAACAAACUGGAACAUGGGAAUCGUAGUCCGCUGUGCCACUGACCGGAGCGUGGAACCCCGUUGUGGACUACAUUCCCGCUUCCCGAGACUGAACUUGGUGUAUUUUUUUGCGUUGACGGUUUUCCGGUGCACACUCACUCGCGGUUGUGAUGGACUAUUGUGCACGCUGCUUACACAUCACUGCUAUAAAAACCAUAAAGAAAAAGGACUGAUUGAGUAUUACAUAUUGUAGCAUCUCUCUUUUCUGUGCCAAUAUGAAUAUUUUCAAUUGCCUUACCCAGUCUGUUAUGGGCCCCACUUAAAAAAAAACAACUCAUUUGGUGUUGACACGUUGCCAAACCUGCUUGAUAAAACUGUCGAUCCACAGUUAACGCAUCAUGUUUUUGUAUAGCUUUCUUGGGAAUGUAGACGUAUAUUUUAUUAACGCAGAUGUCUUUAAAAAGAA